AUGUGGAAGCUGAAGAUAGCCGAGGGAGGACCCCGGUUGUCCACCGUAAAUAAUCACAUUGGUCGACAACAUUGGGAGUUUGAUCCUGAUGCCGGAACACCAGAAGAGCGAGCACAAGUCGAAAGACUUCGUGACGAGUUUAAGAAAAACCGGUUUCGAGUCAAACAAAGUGCUGAUCUUUUGAUGAGAAUGCAGCUUACCAAGGAAAAUCCAUGUGGAGGACGAAUUCCAGCUCCAAGGGCUGUGAAGGUGAAGGAAACAGAAGAGAUAACAGAGGAAGCAGUGACAAGUACACUGAGAAGGGCUCUCAACUUCUUUUCUUCCAUUCAAGCCCAUGAUGGUCAUUGGCCUGCUGAAUCUGCUGAUCCCUUGUUUUUCAUUCAACCUUUGUUAAUAGCAUUGCAUAUUACUGGAGCCCUCAAUGCGGUUCUAGGACCAGAACACCAGAAGGAAAUAAUUCGCUACAUAUACAAUCAUCAGAAUGAAGAUGGAGGAUGGGGACUACACAUAGAAGGGCAGAGCACAAUGUUUGGGUCAGCACUAAGCUACAUUGCCCUGAGGCUGCUUGGAGAGGAUCCUGAUGAUGAUGAUGGUGAAGAAGACAAGGCUGUGGCACUGGCAAGAGCCAGAAGAUGGAUUCUUGACCAUGGUGGUGCACUGGGGAUCCCAUCUUGGGGAAAGUUUUGGCUUAGCGUGCUAGGAGUAUAUGAGUGGUCAGGGUGCAAUCCUCUGCCUCCUGAGUUCUGGCUUAUACCAAAUAUCUCUCCCAUUCAUCCAGGCAAAAUGUUGUGCUAUUGUCGCCUGGUCUACAUGCCUAUGUCAUACUUAUAUGGGAAGAGAUUUGUUGGUCCAAUCACUGGAAUGGUUCGGUCGCUCAGACAAGAGCUCUACACUGAGCCUUACCAUGAAAUAAACUGGCCUAAAGCUAAAAACACAGUUGCAAAGGAAGAUCUCUACUAUCCACACCCUCUAGUGCAAGAUAUGCUAUGGGGAUUUCUUCACCAUGUCGCCGAACCUAUUCUGGCUCGUUGGCCCUUUUCUCUUCUGAGAGAGAAGGCUCUAAAAGUUGCAAUUGACCAUGUACAUUAUGAGGAUCAGAAUAGCAGAUACCUUUGCAUUGGAUGUGUAGAAAAGGUGUUAUGUUUGCUUGCUUGUUGGGUAGAGGAUCCAAAUUCAGAAGCAUAUAAGCUUCAUCUGGCCAGAAUUCCAGAUUACUUUUGGGUUGCUGAAGAUGGCUUGAAAUUUCAGGGACAAACUGAGAUGCAAAAAGCUGGUCAAAGGAAUAAAAGUUUUGGCUCUCAAACGUGGGAUGCAGUGUUUGCAAUCCAAGCAAUACUCUCCUGUAACCUAAACGACGAGUAUGGGCCAACACUUCGGAAAGCACAUGACUUCUUGAAGGCUUCACAGGUUCGAGCAAACCCUUCUGGUAACUUCGUUGCAAUGUAUCGUCACAUUUCUAAAGGCGCAUGGACAUUCUCAACGCAGGACCAUGGUUGGCAAGUCUCUGAUUGCACCGGAGAAGGACUAAAGGUUGUAUUGCAACUCUGCUACUUAAAUGCUGCACUCUUGUUGUCACAAAUGUCAACGGAACUAGUUGGACAAAAAAUGCAAACAGAAUGUUUCUAUGAUGCUGUGAAUGUCAUUCUUUCUUUGCAAAGCAUCAGUGGGGGUUUCCCUGCUUGGGAGCCUCAAAGAGCAUUUCGUUGGUUGGAGAAGUUCAAUCCCACAGAGUUCUUUGAGGAUACUCUUAUUGAACGAGAGUACGUAGAGUGCACAUCAUCAGCAGUUCAAGGUCUAGAACUCUUUAGGAAAUUAUAUCCUGAGCACCGAAGGAAGGAAAUAGAAAGUUGCAUAUCAAGAGGAAUUCGUUACAUUGAAGACACACAAAAUCCUGAUGGAUCAUGGUAUGGAUGUUGGGGUAUUUGCUACACAUAUGGAACAUGGUUUGCUGUAGAGGGGCUAGCAGCCUGUGGAAAGAACUACCAGAACAGCCUCGCAUUGCGGAAAGCUUGUGAAUUUUACUAUCAAAGCAGCUACCUAAUGGUGGAUGGGGAGAGAGUUACCUUUCAAGUCAAAAUAAGGUACGCAAGGGGAAAGAAAUUGAUGUAA